GGUUAUGCUGUUGCCAGGACAACGCCAACUCCUAUUGAGUCGAUAAAAUAAGCAGAUUGCUUUCCAAGUUCUCAAGUGCGUGGAAUCAUGUCCGAUCCGUUAGCACCUAGCAUGGGCCAAUCUGCCAAUAAAUUAAACGAUUUGAACAAGAAAAUCGUGGAAAUCAAGAAAAAGAUCCAAUUAUCAGAGGGACAAAGGAAAGCGAAUUUCGAAGAAUACGAAGCUAAGAAGCAUGAAUACGCGGAGAAAAUUACAACUCUCAAGCAAAGCAUCAAAGAACUGUACGUGGAGUACGCAAACACGCAGAACAAUGGGGGAAAAUCGGGGGAGAGGAGGAGAGUUCGCACGGGCGGUUCUUCUGCCUAUGAGAAAAAACGCAAUUUAGACGAGGCGAUCGCCAGAGCGGAGGAGGACAAUGUACGGUUGAGAAAGAGGCACGAUCUAAUUAAGUAUCAGCGCAACGAGCGACAGAAGAGAUUGCGCUCGUUGCUGGACGAGUAUAGUCGAUUAAUGAGCGAUAAGAUGCGGAAGAUAUUUAAGAAGAGGAUGGAGAAUCCGUUGAGAAACAGAAUCGUCAAGCUGGAAGUACGUUUGGAGCACGUGAGGAUGAUGCAAAUUAAGGCGAACAUAACGCGUAUGAAGUAUCUGUCGAUGCGAUCCGAUUUAAAGAAAAGAUCUGUGUUUUACCCGUCUAUCCUGAAGAGUCUCGAGGACGAGAUAAAGGAACGGGAGAACGAGACGAGACGUCUUCAGGCAAGGAAUUCAACAUAGCGCAGAGGGAGGAAUGUAGAG